CAAAAAAAAUAGUUCCACUUUGUCUAUCUUUUAUCCUUUCAAGUUGACCACGAUCAUAUAAUAAUGGAAGGUCUUUUUCCUCGUUAAGAGCUCCUCCACCAUUUUUGUAUAAGUUUUCAAGAUCUUUAUUGGUGUCUGUGAGAGAGUUCAUCAAGAGGGCAUGGCCACAUGGAAGGAGACUGUAGAAGAAGCAAAGAAGCAACUGUGGCUGGCAGGUCCAAUGGUGUUUGUGUGUGUGUUUCAGUACAGUUUGCAGAUGAUCUCUCUCAUGUUUGUUGGUCAUUUGGAUGAAGUUCUUCUAGCAGGUGCUUCCUUGGCUGCUUCAUUUGUAAAUGUCACUGGUUUCAGUGUCUUGAUAGGCAUGUCAAGUGCACUGGACACAUUUUGUGGUCAAUCAUAUGGGGCAAAACAGUGUGAUAUGGUUGGCAUACACAUGCAGAGAGGCAUAGUGGUUACCAUGGUUGCUACUAUACCAAUGUCCAUAAUUUGGGCAUAUUUGAGGCCUAUUCUGGUUGUUCUGCAUCAAGAUAAAAGAAUUGCAGCACAUGCUGAACUAUAUGCCAGAUACUUGAUUCCAAGCCUUUCAGCCAAUGCUCUUCUUCGGUGCUUUGUUAAAUUCCUACAAACACAGAACAUUGUCCUUCCUAUGGUGCUAGCUUCUGGAUUCACCACCUUGACUCAUGUCCUUCUCUCUUGGCUUUUCAUUCUGAAACUUAGGCUUGGCAUCAAAGGAGCUGCCAUUGCAUUUUGCAUUUCAAAUUGGCUUAACACAGUGCUACUAGCACUUUACAUCAGACUCUCCUCUUCCUGCAAAACCACUUGGACUGGCUUCUCAAGGAAAUCCUUGCAUGAUAUUCCUCAAUUUCUCAGACUUGCCUUUCCCUCAACACUCAUGGUCUGCCUAGAGACAUGGACUUUUGAACUGAUGGUGCUCCUAUCUGGUGCUCUUACUAAUCCAACAUUGCAAACUUCAGUACUUUCUAUAUGUUUUCAAACAGCAGGGCUCUUUUGGAUGAUACCCUUUGGAGUUGGUGCAGCUGCAAGUACAAGGAUCUCUAAUGAACUAGGAGCUGGCUGUCCAAAAUCUGCAUUUUUAGCAGUUAAAGUCACCUUAUUAGUGUCCUUCAUCAUUGGUGCCUUAGAAUUUACUCUCCUUAUACUGACAAGGAACUUUUGGGGUCGAAUUUUUAGCAAUGUACCUGAAGUAGUCACAUAUGUGGAAUCCAUGACACCAAUUCUUGCAAGCUGUGUCUUCGUAGAUUCAAUUCAAACAGCAUUCUCAGGUAUAGCCAGAGGAUGUGGCUGGCAGAAGCUGGGUGCAUUUGUGAAUCUUGGAUCAUAUUAUGUUGUUGGAGUUCCCUUUUCCAUCAUUUUAGCUUUUGUCCUCCACAUGAAGGGAGUGGGGCUAUUGUUAGGGAUUGUACUUGCACUCAGCAUACAAGUGCUGUGUUUCCUUGCAGUCACCUUACGCACCAAUUGGGAGAAAGAAGCAAAUAAGGCUGCUAUAAGAGUAAAAGGUAAAGGGGACCAAGCUGAAACACAUUAACUUUUAAGUCACCAAAAUGGAACUUAAACGGUUGAAGAGAAGUUUUGCUUUGGUAUGAAACAUUACCAAAAGAAUUUUUUGAGACACAUUUUUGUUUGUGUUGUUAUUGAUAUGUUGGGUUAAGUGGAAAAGAAAAUUUCCCUAAAUAAUAAGAGACAGUGUUUACAUGUUCAAUAACAUUUAUUAAUUAAU